AUGUCAGGAGACGACUACCCAUCAGACGAUGACAAGAGCUUUGUCUCUGCAAAGUCUUCCCACAAUGUGAAGAAGGAGUCUCGCUUCUCACCCGAGGAGGAAGCUUCACUACUACAAGAGUCGAAUAAGCUGAAGGCCGAUGCCAACUCGCUCUUCGCUCACGGGUCCUUCGAAGAAGCUGUACAGACAUACGACCGCGCCCUGUCAUCCUGCCCCAACUACCUCGAAUACGACAUCGCUGUACUGCACUCCAACAUAGCCGCCUGUCACAUCAAGUCGGAACAGUGGAAAGAAGCCAUAGACAGUGCCACCAAAGCUAUAGACUCGUUGGAACGAAUCGACCCUCUACCGAGACCGAAGGACCCGAGAGACUCCACCAAAGCCACAUUACAGUCCCAGCCCGCUGUGGAAGAGAUCGACGACGAGACAGCUGAGAAAAUUGAGGCUUUGGAGCAGAGUGGGAGAACACGGGACGAUGUACAGAAGAUUCGUGUCAAGGCAUUCUUGAGGCGAGCCAAAGCAAGGUCUGAGACCGGAGGUUGGGCUGCUCUGCAAGGCGCUUACGAAGACUAUACCUUCCUUGCGACUGCAACGAAUCUCUCGCCGUUGGACAAGAAAACUGUACAAAAGUCUAUGGCUGAUAUUGGCCCCAAGCUAGAGGAAGCCAAGUCCAACGAGAUGGCAGAGAUGAUGGGCAAGUUGAAGGGCUUAGGCAACAGCAUCCUGAAGCCUUUCGGCCUGAGUACCAACAACUUCCAGUUUGUCAAAGACGAGAAGAGUGGAGGAUAUAGCAUGAACUUCAACCAAGGCGCUUGA